AUGAUUUCGACUGGGAUUAACUUGGUAAUGACUGUGAUUGGUUUUGCUGUUAGUACAAUGUUCAUUGUUUUUGUUUGCACUAGGCUCAUUUGUGCUAGGAUUCACUUGAAUGCUUCUAGGAGAUCCUUUCUCAUUGCUUCUAGAUCAAAUCUCAGUUUGAUGGAGAGGGGUUGUCAAGGUCUUGAACGCAUAGAUGUAGCUAAAUUUCCAGUUAAGAAGUACAGUGACAAGUUUUUUGCAGCUGGGGAAAAUUCUCAAUGCACAGUCUGUCUCUCAGAGUACCAAGGUGAAGAUACAUUGCGUAUCCUUCCCCAUUGUGGACACUCCUUCCAUAUGGCCUGCAUAGACUUAUGGCUGCAGCAGAAUGCAACUUGUCCUGUUUGUCGAAUAUCACUGCGUGAAUUUUCUGAGAGAACGCAAUCAAUGCAACCUGUAUAUAGCUCUCAUUAUGGGAUGGAGUCCUUUGACACUCAUCAUUAUCAUUGUAGAAUGGCUAAUAAUGGAUUAUCGACAAGAACCCAUGAUAACCACGGAGUGAACCCUAUUCAAGAGGAUCACUUUCCAUCUGAGGGUGAUGGAGCAGUUGAUGUAGAGAGUAUCACCUCCUUAAGUCAGGGUGAUUUCAUUAAAGAUGAAGAGAAGAAACAUGUAGAGAGCCCAUCAAAUUUAUAG